UGCCGCUGCGGCGGCGACGCCAGUGGAUCCUCCGGUGACUCUGGGGCGGGGCUGUGGGGAGGGCACGGACUGACAGACGGACUCCGGCGGAAUGGGGGGUGUGGCUGCUCCGCCAGGGUCCCCAGGGUGGGAGAGCGGCUCCGCGGCCACCGGUGCCCGGACCCCCUCUGUCUUCUGCUAGACAUGCUCUUCCUCUCGUUUCAUGCAGGCUCUUGGGAAAGCUGGUGCUGCUGCUGCUUGAUUCCCGCCGACAGACCUUGGGACCGGGGCCGACGCUGGCAGCUGGAGAUGGCGGACACGAGAUCCGUGCACGAGACCAGGUUUGAGGCGGCAGUGAAGGUGAUCCAGAGUUUGCCGAAGAAUGGUUCAUUCCAGCCAACAAAUGAAAUGAUGCUUAAAUUUUAUAGCUUCUAUAAGCAGGCAACUGAAGGACCCUGUAAACUUUCAAGGCCUGGAUUUUGGGAUCCUAUUGGAAGAUAUAAAUGGGAUGCUUGGAGUUCACUGGGUGAUAUGACCAAAGAGGAAGCCAUGAUUGCAUAUGUUGAAGAAAUGAAAAAGAUUAUUGAAACUAUGCCAAUGACUGAGAAAGUUGAAGAAUUGCUGCGUGUCAUAGGUCCAUUUUAUGAAAUUGUCGAGGACAAAAAGAGUGGCAAGAGUUCUGAUGUAACCUCAGUCCGACUGGAGAAAAUCUCUAAAUGUUUAGAAGAUCUUGGUAAUGUUCUCACUUCCACUCCAAACACCAAAACUGUUAAUGGUAAAGCCGAAAGCAGUGACAGUGGAGCUGAGUCUGAGGAAGAAGAGGCCCAAGAAGAAGUGAAAGGAGCAGAACAAAGUGAUAAUGAUAAGAAAAUGAUGAAGUCAGCAGACCAUAAGAAUUUGGAAGUCAUUGUCACUAAUGGCUAUGAUAAAGAUGGCUUUGUUCAGGAUAUACAGAAUGACAUUCAUGCCAGUUCUUCCCUGAAUGGCAGAAGCACUGAAGAAGUAAAGCCUGUUGAUGAAAACUUGGGGCAAACUGGAAAAUCUGCUGUUUGUAUUCACCAAGAUAUAAUUGAUGAUCAUGUUGAAGAUGUUACAGGAAUUCAGCAUUUGACAAGUGAUUCAGACAGUGAAGUUUACUGUGAUUCUAUGGAACAAUUUGGACAAGAAGAGUCUUUAGACAGCUUUACGUCCAACAAUGGACCAUUUCAGUAUUACUUGGGUGGUCAUUCCAGUCAACCUGUGGAAAAUUCUGGAUUUCAUGAAGAUGUUCAAGUACCUCCUGGAAAUGGCAACAUUGGGAAUAUGCAGGUGGUUGCAGUUGAAGGAAAAGGUGAAGUCAAGCAUGGAGGAGAAGAUGGCAGGAAUAACAGCGGGGCGCCACACCGGGAGAAGCGAGGUGGAGAAAGUGAUGAAUUCUCUAAUGUCAGAAGAGGAAGAGGACAUAGGAUGCAACACCUGAGCGAAGGAACCAAGGGCCGGCAGGUGGGAAGUGGAGGUGAUGGGGAGCGCUGGGGCUCUGACAGAGGGUCCCGAGGCAGCCUCAAUGAGCAGAUCGCCCUCGUGCUGAUGAGACUGCAGGAGGACAUGCAGAAUGUGCUUCAGAGACUGCAGAAACUGGAAACGCUGACUGCUUUGCAGGCAAAAUCGUCAACAUCAACAUUGCAGACUACUCCUCAGCCCACCUCACAGAGACCAUCUUGGUGGCCCUUCGAGAUGUCUCCUGGUGUGCUAACUUUUGCCAUCAUAUGGCCUUUUAUUGCACAGUGGUUGGUGUAUUUAUACUAUCAAAGAAGGAGAAGAAAACUGAACUGAGGAAAAUGGUAUUUCCCUCAAGAAGACUACUGGAACUGGAUGACCUCAGAAUGAACUGGAUUGUGCUGUUGACAAGAAAAUCUUAGUUUGUGAUGAUUACAUUGCGUUUUUUGUCCAGUAGUUUGGUUUGUGUACAUAUAUACACAUAUAUAUUUUGCACUACACAAGCGAUAACAUUUUAAGGACUAAUAUUGCUGAUACUUGAAUAAUCAAUCUCUGCUAGGUUAUAAGUAGUAUACACAAAUUUACCCUGCCCUUGAACUUGAAGGACAUUAAAUUAUUAAUGAUCAUUUGGUAACAAGUUUACCUGAUUAUCUUCCAUAGAGUAACAUAAGCUGCUUUUCAAAGGUACCAUUGUGAUAAUGAGAUCAAAUUUAUAAGUUAUUAUUUUUAAUUUUUCUAAAUUAAAUAAAAUGCAAACCAAGAGUGAAUUUCAAAUGAGAUGUAAUCAACUUCAUAUCUUAGUCACGGAGUCGCCAUGCCACGUAGUAGAAAACCACAGGAAGAAACGUCAUAUUCACUUUAUGGGCUGCGCAUAUUCUUUCUUGGGCGUUCACAACUCUUGAGUUUGGUGUUCAGGCAUCAUUAUUAAAAAGUAGAGUCCUAUGUACCAGACUGAGUUUUUAUAAAUGAUUUGCAGACUAGACAUAACGCGCCGAUGGAAAUGGUGAAGAAUGAGCUUCAUGUAGGUUUAAAAGUGUAUUCUGAGCCUGUAGAUGAUUAAUGAGGUUUUUAUUCAACCAUACAAAUGUAUUCCUUUGUAAUCAUUUUUCUUUAACUGAGGAUAUCCAGUGUCUGCUUCAUAGGGUGCUUUGAAAUAUAAAAUGAAAACUUAUUUUUACUGUUUUUACAGCAGUCAAAAAGGAAACACAUGAAAAUCACUUUUGUGCAACUGAUGAACUAUACAGACUGGACUCUUAACCUCUUAGUGCCUCAGUUUUUCCUUCGGGGUAUACUAUUUUAGAUACACCUACUUCACAGGAGUACUGGAGGGAUUUGCAAGCUAACGGGCCAAAUGCUUCCAUAGGAAUAAGGCAUGCCUAACUAACAGAAAUUUAAGUCCCUCUUCCCCACCUCUCUCAUCUAGACCAAAAAGAAGACUAUAAUUUAGAUCCUUGGAGACUUCUCCUGUAUGCCUUCCAAAACUUCCUGCUCACUUAGAUGUACCUUGUGCUUUGAAGAUUUCUUUGAUUCACUCUUUGUAGCAAAUAAUUUUUUUUUUUUUAAACGGAGUUUCUCUCUUGUUGCCCAGGCUGGAGGGCAAUGGCGCGAUCUCGGCUCACUGCAACCUCCACCUCCUGGGUUCAAGCGAUUCUCCUGCUUCAGCCUCCCAGGUAGCUGGGAUUACAGGCGUGCACCACCAUGCCUGGUUAAUUUUGUAUUUUUAGUAGAGACGGGGUUUCUCCAUGUUGAUGAGGCUGAUCUCAAACUCCCAACCUCAGGUGAUCUGCCUGCCUCAGCCUCCCAAAGGGCUGGGAUUACAGGCGUGAGCCAUUGCGCCUGGCCUGUAGCAAAUAAUUCUUAAGCAUUUUCAAGAUGUAUGAUGUUGGGUUUAGCAUCAUAUGUUCAGAGCGUUUUAAAUAAGAAAGAAUUAAUCUGUCUUUAGUAUACAGGAUGGUUUUUUGUUUGCCUGAAAAGUAUAAGAAUACAAUUUACUUUUCCCAAACCCUUUUUUCCUUAUUUUUUUCUUUUAGAUAACUUUAAUUAUUUAAUCCCACACUGAUUAAAAUAUGUCUAUCUAAAGGGAUCUACUACUAUUUGCUUUUAAAAAAGUGUUCCCUAUUUAUUUAGGAAAAAGUGAAGCAAGCAACUGAAUUUAUAUGUAAAAAUAACAUUUAGACCCGUGGAUCAAAGAUUAUUUUAAAAAAUUAGAUAUUAAUUUGGUAUCAGUAAGAAGUGGCUUUUCUCUUAGUAUAUACAUAAAUAAAAUGAAAAUUAAGAGUAUAAGCAGUUGUGAAUCAUUACAAGCAGUCUGGGAUAACUAACUCCUAGGGAUAACCAUUUCUAUCCUGUUCCAAAGUCUUAUUUUAUAGUUUGAAAAGCACUUUGCACACAGUUCUUGUAUAUAAAAGUAAAGAUGUAAUUGUAGGAUAUAGUGUUCUUGCUUUGUUUAAUAAGAACCUCAUUUAAACUUGACAGCUAUGGUAUUUUUUUAAUGAUCAAGUUCUUUUCUGUUUAUUGUAAAACUAAGUUAAAAAUAAAAGGUUAAUGAGAAAUGA